AUGGCAGAGGACCGGGAGGCCUUCAAGAACGACCGGUGCUGGUACUACAAGGAUCCCACGGGCAAGACCCAGGGUCCGUUCCAGACGUCCCAAAUGGAACAUUGGAGCCAGGCCGGAUACUUCGCAACCGAUCUACCCAUCAGGCCCCGCUGGUGUUGGAGCGUCCUUCAUAGGCAUGACCGGUCUUGCACAAGUCUCGUAAAGUCAUCUCUCAAGCCUGCUGUUAGCCCAGGUGUUGGGCAGGGCUGA